UUUUAACGUAAUCAGAAGACAUUCAACCGGACAGAAAAAAAUUCAAUAUUAUUUCCUUAAAUUUAUAGCAUAAAUUAAUUGCAAAAAUGGACGAAAUUUAUGAUAAAAUAUCAGAUCCUGAUUUGUGGGGUGUGGAUGAUAAUGAAGUUAGUAAAAUACAAAAUUUUUAUGCAAACAAAACAAUUUUUUUUACUGGAUGUACUGGUUUUUUUGGUAAAAGUAUUAUUGAAAAAUUAUUACGUGCAUGUCCAAAAUUGAAGAAAAUCUAUUUAUUUGUACGACCAAAAAAACUAUCAGCUAAAGAAAGAAUUGAAAAAUAUUUCAAUGAUACCGUAUUCGAUAAACUUCGUGAACUACAACCAAAAUUCACAUCAAAAGUCGUUAUUAUUGAAGGAAAUUUGGAGAGUCCAAAUUUGGGUUUAUCAGAUGAUGAUAAAAAUAUUAUAAUAAAUGAAGCAUCAAUAUUUAUUCACAAUGCAUCAAAUGUUAAAUUUGAUUUACGAGUAUCACAAUCUCUCAAUUGCAAUGUUAUUGGUACAAAAAAUAUGCUUGAUUUAGCAACUCAAUGUAAACAUCUUGAAGUAUUUGUUUACGUGUCAACAGCUUACUCUCAUUGUUAUCAACAACACAUUUAUGAAAAAUGUUAUCCACCACCAUGUGAUAUGAAUAUGAUUUAUGAUCUUAUUGAUAAUGAUCGUGCUCAUACAAAUGGUUUAUCUAAAACUGCAAUAACAGAACUAAUAGCACCAUGGCGAAACAUAUAUACUUUUGGUAAAGCCAUGGCUGAGAACUUGGUUGAACAGUAUGCUACAAAAAGUGAUUUCUAUUGUACAAUAUUUAGACCAUCAAUGAUAAUGCUAAGUUAUCAGGAGCCAAGCCCUGGAUGGACCAAUGGAAACUUAAAUGGACCAAGUUCUAUAUUUACUGCUGUUGGUCUUGGAAUAUUUCAUAUUAUACCUAAGAGGCAUAGUCCAACUGAUAUGGUACCUGUCGACAUGUGUACGAAUGCUCUAAUUUCAACAACUUGGGCAGCUGUGAAUGAAUUCAAAUCAGAUCAAGUUUUUGUAUAUAAUUAUGGAAGUUCAGUCGUUAAUCCUAUAAAUGGAAAGCAAUUUGAACAUUUAUCAGGAUUUAGAGGUGCUGAUUUUCCAUCAAGUAAAAUGAUUGGUCCACAUUUUCUACACUCAACAAAUUGGUAUUCAUUAUUUUUAAUAGGGACAAUAAUAUUACUUGUAAUUCCUGGUAUCAUUGCUGACAUUGUUUUAUUAUUAUGUGGAAAAAAACCUCUAGCAAUAAAGGUGGCUCGUAGAGUAAUACCAGUGGUUCCAGAUUUACUUUAUUUUUCAUUUUUCAAUAAUUGGCGAAUUCAUGUUCAUGAAACAACAAAAGUUUGGGAUAAAAUGAAUAAACGUGACAAUGAAUUAUUUUUCAAUGAUUUAAGAAAAUUCGAUUGGGGAAUAUAUUGUUUUUCUUAUUGGUCAGGUACUAGAAAGUAUGUUCUCAAAGAUCCAAUAUCAACACUUGAUCAGGGUUUAAAACGUCACUAUUAUCUUCAAAAUGGUUGGAAUAUAUUUUGUAUUGCUUUUGUUCUUUUAAUUUUAUAUAUUUUUUCAAAUUAUUUUUCAUUGUUAUUAAUACCAUUUUGUAAUCUUAUUAAAUUAUCGAAUGUUUACAUCACAAAUAUUCAAUAAUUUAAUAGAUUCUAAGCAUAAAAAAAUUCAAAUAUUAACAUUUUCGAUAUAAUUAUUAUAUUACUGCAAGCUAAAAAAAAAAUCAAAAUGGAUAAGAAGUUAAUUUGAGUUAUAUAAUUAAAAGUAUAAAUAUAUUUAAAAAUUGAUAUAUACCUAUCUGCAUUAUAAGGAGGCAAAUAAGCCAUAAGCUUGUUUUUUUUUAUAUUUAAUUUAAGUUAAAUUAUUAUAUAUACUAAAUUGUUUUUUUGGAAAUAAAAAUAUAUAUUUUUUU